CGCUGCGGGGUGACCGAGGCUCGGAGGGUUCGCGUGCUUUGGUUUAACCCUCCCGGGCACGGUGAGGCACCGGCGGGACACAGCCCGGAGUUACCGCCGGGAUGCGCCCGGCUUUUCCUGCUGAGCCGGGCUCUCCUUUUAGCGUGGAAAAACCAACAACAGCUGAAAAACGACCGUGGCCACACCCCGGCGUUGGAGGAGCAGGCUUGAAUUCGCCGCCCCGGGCGGCAGACGCGGCCGGCGGCCGGGCGGACGCUGCUCCACAAGCGCUGAUGCCCGCGGCCGCCGCUCGGGGCGGCUGAUCCGGGCCCGGAGCUCAGCGGGGCGGCGGCGGCAUGGCCGGGGGCUGGUGGGCUAAGGCGCAGGGCGGGGGGAUGCUGCUGACUCUCCUCGGAUGGAUCAGCUCCUGCGUCACCACCUUCGUGCCACUCUGGAAGAACCUCAAUCUGGACCUGAACGAGCUGGAGGUCUGGAACAUGGGGCUCUGGCAGGUCUGCAUCACUCAGGAGGAGGGGGUGGUUGAAUGCCAAGCCCACGGCUCCUUCCUGGCGCUGCCCCCCGAGCUGCGCAUCUCUCGCCUCCUGAUGUGCCUCUCCAACGGGCUGGGGCUGCUGGGCUGUCUCCUCGCUGCCCUGGGGCUGGAGGGCUGGAGAACCUGUGAGGACAAACCUGGGCGAAAGCGGCGGCUCCUGCUUGGCGGGGGAGUGACGCUUGGCAUAGCAGGGAUCACCACCCUGGUGCCAGUCUCCUGGGUCGCCUACAACACCGUCCUCGACUUCUGGGACGAGACUGUCCCCGACAUCGUCCCCAGGUGGGAAUUUGGGGAGGCCACCUUCCUGGGGUGGUUUGCCGGAGCCUUCCUCGCCGCUGGCGGGCUGCUCCUCGCCUGCAGCGCCCGCUCCACGAGGACCAGAGCGCCGCUGGCCUCCGCCUGCAGCCGGGUCCCCGCCGAGCCAGGUCUGGCUGGGAGCCAGCACCUGCACCCCAAAAAUGCAGACUUGGUCAUCUAGAGCCUCAGGGUGCUGUGCCCUUUGCACCUGGUGGCUCUUCCCCUGGCAGGGAGGGCUCCUGCUUGUUUCACAGGAUGAUUUGCUAAUUGCUACGCAGCUCUGCAGGUUUCUCUCCUUCCUCUGCGUGUCUGCUUCACUUUUCUCUGUUAAGGAGCAGCAGAUUUCCCCGCAGCACUCACCAAACAAGCGUGGGAAGGCAACAAGCAGCGGGCAGCACCUUGUCCUGAUGGUGACACUGUGUUGGCAUCCCUGGCGAGUGCCCUGUAGCCAAGUCUCUCGUGCCUAAUGCUGCGCCCCAGUGCAGCAGCUCUUUCCUUGCACGUCUGUGUCGCUCUGAUGUAUUUGCAAUAAAUUAUCAU